GCCGCCGCCGGGGCGCCUGCAGGCCUCGGCCUCGGACAGCCCCGAGUACCGCGCCCCGCUCGAGACCUGGGACCGCGACUACCGGCGACUCCGCUCCAACAACACCCGAGUGCAGCACAUCGAAGCCGAGUGCCAGGACGACUACAUGAAAAUCCGCAUCGGCUUCAACGGCUCCUUCGGCGGCCUCCUGUACUCGUCAGGCUACGCGUACGACCCCGAGUGCGUGUACAUCAACGGCACCGGCCGAGACUACUACGAGUUCUACAUUCAGCUGAACCGCUGCGGCACGCUGGGCAAGAACUCACUGGGAGAGGACAGCCGGAAGAACCCCACGAAAAACUUUAUGUGGAACACGGUGACCGUGCAGUACAACCCCAUGAUCGAGGAGGAGUGGGACGAGCACUUCAAGGUGACGUGCGAGUACGGCUACGACUUCUGGAAGACGGUCACCUUCCCCUUCCUGGACGUCGAGGUGGCGACGGGCAACCCCGUAGUGUUCACGCUGUCCCCGCCCGAGUGCUACAUGGAGAUCCGGUACGGCUACGGCACGGGAGGCACCCGGGUCACUGGGCCGGUGCGGGUGGGCGACCCCCUCACCCUCAUCAUCUACAUGAGGAGCAAGUACGACGGCUUCGACAUCGUGGUCAACGACUGCUGGGCGCACAACGGCGGCAACAAGCGGAUCCAACUCAUCGACCAGUACGGGUGCCCCGUGGACGACAAGCUCAUCUCGAGGUUCCGCGGCACGUGGAGCGAGCAGGGCGCCUUCGAGACGCAGGUCUUCGCCUACAUGAAGACGUUCAGGUUCACGGGGUCGCCGGCGCUGUACAUCGAGUGCGACGUGCGGAUGUGCCACGGCCGGUGUCCGAGCCAGCCGUGCCACUGGAGGAACGCCAAGUCCGUGUCCAAGCGGUCCGUCGGCGAGCCCCUGGGGCUGACGGGACCGCUGGGGGCGUCCCAGACAGUGGGCCAGACGCUGGGCCAGACGCUGGGGCAGCCCACGCAGGCGCCGUCCGCGCUCUCCGAGAACGUCAACCUGUUCCAGAGCCUGAGGGUCCUGCAGGAGGGCGAGUCCCUGGACGGCGUCACCUCUGCCAACAGCACCCUGUCGGACCAGCUCAACUCGGUGUGCCUCAAGUCGGGCUCCUUCCAGACGCUGCUGGGGCUGGGCUGCUCGCUGCUGUGCCUGCUGGCCUCCACGGUGCUGGUGCUGUGCUGCCGCGUGCGCCGCCUGUCGACGGGCGCCUCGGCCAAGAGUUGUAGCUCCGCUCUGGAAGCAGUGUAUCCACCCAAGGCCCGCAGUCCCGACAGUGUGACUCUCGAGAUCAGCCUUCGACUGAAAGACCUGGGGACUCCCAGUGGAGCCAGCGUGUGGGUAGUUCGCACUUUGGGAUAA